AUGAAACAUAAAAUUCCGUGUUAUGAUUUGACUGUAGAUUUUGAGGUGUUUUCGGAUUUGGAUAUACGAUACGAAAGCACAAAUAUAGAGAGUGAGAUUAGCCCGGGAGAGAUGCCGUUCAAUAUAAAACGGUUUACACAACUGCAUCGGAGCACAAGUAUGCCAAACAAGAAUAAACAGCACAACAACAGCACCGAUGAUAACAACCCUAAGUCCAAGAAAAACAAGUCCAGAGACCAGCCCUCGGGGUCGUCCCAAUCGCCGUCAAAUAUGCCGCCAAAUAAGCAAAAGUUGUCACAAAUCUCGGGCUCCCGAUCCAUAGACGCCGCAGAAAUUAGACGAUUGGGUGGCCAACUGACCAUUUCCAAUCCCAUUCCCAUUGAUCAGCCUCCAGUGUACAAUACGUACGCUAUUAAUAUUUCCAUUAUAAACAGAUUUCUGGCGUUUGAGAUGACAAAUACACUACCGAUUCGGUGGUCAAAACAAGGACCACACUCUGCGCCCAGAAAUCUACAACAACUGCAACUCUUCCAACAACAGCAACACCAACAACAACACCAACAGGACAUCCAUCGGAGUGGCUAUUAUAGCGACGCUGAAGAUGUACGACGAGUGCAACCGCAGCGAAGGGUACUGACGCUAAUCAGACCCAAUGGACAACAGAUACCAUUACAGAAACCACAACAGCAUCCACAGCCUCCGCAACAUCCACAGCCACAACACCAUCAACAACAACAGCCCCCACACCGUCAUCAGCAGCCACAACACCCCCAACAUCCUCAGCAACAACAGCCUCCACACCCACAGCAACCCAUAAGAAUGAGCCAACAAUUACCAAAUCUGGCGCUUUUAAAAAGUGGCGGAUCCCAGCCGGGCACAGGGAUGAGCAGGUGUGGGCGCGUGCGUGAGGUCUGGGCACCUGUGCUGCGCGCGCACCCCCUCUACGGCACUGGCAUUGCAUUGAAAGCCUGCAGCCAUGAGCUGAUCCGUCAAAGAGCCGGCGGUCCUCCCCAGCGACGGAUGAACCAGAACCCGGGCGCUGGACCUCCUCAGCACCACCCCAGCCAUCCGUCACAUCCAUCACAUCCAUCACAUCCACCGCAACCGCAACGGCCGGCCUCUACGACACCGUUGGAGCGGUUCGUAUACCAGCCCUCGUCCACACUCUUCGAUGAGGACCCGGGGAUUAUGUCGGAGAUCGAGACCUACACCCCCUCUACGGCACUGGCAUUGCAUUGA